GAACCAAUAUGGAUGUUAUACCUUGCACCAACACCUAAUUAGCUCUCUCCUGAGCCCAAAGUCACUGAGCCCAACUCUCCCUUCAUGAUGCAGUGUUUGGUUUGAGAUAAAUGAUAUAACAUUAAGCUCAAGGUGGUUGAGUCUCAAGCAGUAGGGAGGCGGAAGCAAGCCAAGGGAGCUCCGUGCCCACUGAUCCCAUGGGACUCACUGAAGACACCGGAACUGUACUUGCAGUGUUGGGUUUUAAUGCACUCUGUAUUGUGGCUAUUUGUUUAACUCCUGAAGGGAAUACUGUGGGGAGACUGGAAUAUAGUGGGUGGGUAGGGACACAAGAAUGUAAAGUAGUGGGCAUAGCAUUGAGGAAACCCAAUAUCUAAGUAUUUUUUUAUGAUAUGGCAUUUUGUUGUUAUAGUUAAUGUAUCUGGGGAACAAAGUCAGAACUAUGCAUAACAGCAGUCUUGCAUGCAAUUGUUAAAUCAUUAGAUAUAUAUCUCCUCAGCCAGCUCACAUUCUCAGUUUGAGUUUGUGAGUAUUAUUUAAAUCAGUUUUAUUUUGAUAGUCCAGUAUUGGAUCCAAGGACAUUAAAUAUCUCAUCAGUACCAUAACAUGUUUUGAGUAUGUUAAACUACAUAGUAACAGGUUUACUUUAGUGAGGACUAUAAGGUAGGAAGCUCCAUAUGGUGGGUCCUACCUCCCCCUGAUUGCCGCCUUCCAUCGUUUCAAUGCCUAUAUGGCUUCUUUCCCCCUUUUGUGUGUGUGUUGCAGCACCCAGAUAGUAAGAUGAUGCAGAUCAACCUGACAGGCUUCCUGAAUGGGAAGAACGCCCGGGAGUUCAUGAGGGACUUGUGGCCCCUGCUGUUGAGUGCCCAGGACAACAUCGCUGGCAUACCCUCUGCUUUCCUGGAACAGAAGAAAGAGGAAAUUAAACAGAGACAGAUUGAACAGGAGAAGUUGGCGUCUCUUAAGAAGGUGGAUGAUGAUAAGAAGGAAAAGGAGAAAGAAAACCGAGAGAGGGCUCAGUCGAAGAGUCCAAGAAGGCGGAAGACAAGGUCACCAUCACCACGACGAAGAUCGCCAGUGAAGCGUGACAGAAAACCUAGCCCCUCACGCUCCCCACGUCGCAAAUCCAGCCCAGUUGGUGGCACUUCACCCCCGCCACCCCUAAUGCAGCUGCCCACGAAACCUUUAGAGCAGCUUGUGGAACCAGAUACAUCAGGAAGGUCCAUGCCAGAACCAGUGGUCCAAGAAGCUUCAUCCACCUGUGACACAGUUUUGGAGGUGGUUAAAGCGGACUCGGUGAUGGAAGUCAAAGAGCCCUCCCCUGAGAAAAUUCUGAAGAAAGAGGAAAGACUGCGGUCUCGGGAAAGGGACAAGGAAACCAGACGGGAAAGGCCUCAUCACCGCUCCCGCUCUCAUUCACGCUCUCACAGACGACGCUCCCGUUCCAGAUCUUUUUCCCCUCGCCGAAGGCCAAGUCCUAGGAGGAGAAUUUCUCCUCGUCGAAGGAGUCCUCCCCGACGUGGUCCCCCCAACUCCCGACACAGACACAGGCGCUCCCCAGUCCGUAGGAGGCGGUCUCGCUCUGCUUCAUCCUCCGGCAGCAGCUCUGCACACUCUGGCUCUCCUAAAAAAGUGAUGAAAAGAAUAUCUAACACACCACCUCGAAAACAGCUGCAACAUCGUGACAAAUCCAUUAGUCCUGCAGGGAAGGAAAGACGCUCACCAUCUCCUAGGGGGAGAAGAGGACGGGGUUCAGCUUCUCCACCCAGAUCAUCUGGUUUAAAGCGAAAACCAGGAGGAAGGGGUGAUUCUCCGCCUGAUAAUGCCAAGGCCAGACAUUCUGAUGGUUCUGAGUCCGAGGAGGAUAAAAAUGACAAAGGGGCAACAACAGAUCCGGUGCAGCAGCAGCGACGUCAGUAUCGCAGGCAGAAUCGACAGUCCUCUUCAGAUACCGGGUCUUCCUCCUCCGCAGAUGAAGGGCCAAAAAGGCCAACAGCAGGGCCAGCUGCCAGAAACGGUGAUGUCCGGAGGAGACGUACACCUUCUCCAAGGAGGCGACACAGGGAUCCAUCUCCAAGGAAAAGACGUUCUCCAUCUCCUGCACGGAGACGUCGCUCCCCUUCUCCCCCACGACGCCGAAGAUCUCCCUCUCCUCCUAGACGCAGGUCUCCUUCUCCACCUCCUCGCCGCCGAUCUCCAUCCCCUCGACGUUAUUCUCCCCCUAUCCAGCGCCGCUACAGCCCCUCACCUUUGCCUCCACAGAAGAGGAAGAUGUCUAGCUCUCCUGCAAAGCGCUCUUCCCCAGGAGGCAAGCGACGUGUCUCCAGGUCUCCCAAGCGCAGAAAUUCUCCUGCUCCAAGGAGACGCACACCUCCACCCUCCUCACCACCCAGACACAGGAGGAGCCCUAUGUUGCCUUCUGGCUGGCAAAACAGAGAUGCACGAUCCCCUCCUGCAGCAGCAAACCGCCUGUCCCCAUCCCCAGUAAAGCGCGGUCGCGUUGUCAGAGAUUCCACUAGCCCCCAUGGAUGCUUCAAAACCUCCAGCUCAUCUCCAUCUAACCAGCGGAGACAACAGUCCCCUUCACACAGCGGCAAACCCAUCCGCAGAGUGUCCCGCACCCCAGAGCCGCGCACCAAUCAGAGACCCUCUCCAGGCCCCCAGCCUAUGAGGAGAGCAUCUUCCAGAUCGAGAUCUGGUUCCCCUCAACCAGCAGCUCAGAAACGUCCAGCCCCAGCAUCUGCCUCCCCCUCACCGUCACGCUCUGCCAGUGGCUCCCCACCACCAGCCAAAAAGGCCAGCAGUGGAUCCGGCAGUCAGUCCCCAAGCAAGAACUCUGACAUUGAUGGCAGCUUAAAGAAAAAGAAGAAGAAGAAGGAGAAAAAACACAAAAAGGACAAGAAACACAAGAAGCACAAGAAGCACAAGAAGGAGAAGAGCGGUGCCCCUGGUGCUGGAGAAGGACAAGAAAACCAGGGUGGGGAGGAGGAUGGAGAUUCAAGGAAGGAAUCGGAGAGUGAAGUAGACGACAGCCUUGACGACCUGGAGAAGCACCUAAGAGAGAAGGCCUUGCGCUCCAUGAGGGAGAAGGGGAAGACCCAGAUCUCUCCAUCACAAAUGUCCUGAAACCAAGGAGCUUCAUCAGUUUUGAAUUUUCCUCUUUCUCUUGACGUUUGUCAUCAACCUUGUUCAGCUUUAGAAUGUACAAAUUGAUAAUUCUCGAGUCUUCUUUUUUUUUUUUCUUCUUUUUACUGGUUUGGUACAUUCUGAAGAGUGUGUUGCAUAAAGAGCUUGAUUUGUCAGUUGGUGUAUUAUCUAACGUGUAAAGAAGCUUGUGUUGUCCUUUUUAAAUUGUCGAGCAGGGAAAUGGACGAAUCUCAGAGGUUAGAGUUGGGCAGGUUUCAGAUAUUUUCCACAGCCUACACUAGAUUUCAUUGAGAAAUGAUUGCAUGUGCAGUGAUUGUCUCUGAUGUGCAUGAACCACUUUCAUUACUGAGUGUGAGGAACCAUCGUACAGUAACCUCCUGUUACUACUGCCUUUCAGUAGUGGAACCAGUGGCAUCGCUGUUACAGGCUCUAACAGAAUGUCAUGUCCCACAUUGUAACUUAAUGUUUGGCAUUGUCUAACCUGCUGUUUAUUUCUCACUUUGAAAUUUUCUUGUUUUAAUUUCCAGUCUGAAAUUAAAUUUGAGUAUGCUUUCAUUUCCCAAAUUAAUAGAUAUGCAAUUUUACGUUGUCACUCUUGCACCAAGCUAAUCUCUGUGGGACUGCUCUAUGAUUUGUAUUUAGUAACCCUGGCUCUUGUCAUCUGGUCAUCCUUUUGAAAUUAAAACCUUUUUAUAGGA